GUUUUAAACAAUUUGACAGAUCUGUCAAAUGCUUGACAGUAUUCAAGUAAAUUUAUUUUGCAGUUUGCUUCAAACGUAAUAUUUCUAUUUUAAUAGAAAAGUGCGACUUUAUAUCAAUAAUGGAUGAAGAAAUAAAAACCAUUAAUAUCAAUCCAAACUUUACCUGCCACAUUCUGCUUAUCCAAUUCAUGUGCAACGAGUGUCCCCUAGUUUUUAAAGAAAGAGAAAGAUUUCUUCGUCACCAAGAAGUCCACAAACGGGAAAACGAGAUCAUCAACUGUGCCAUGUGCGACAUCUCAGUCCGAAGAAAAGAAUAUCGCCAACACAAAAUUACCCAACACGAGGCCCAAAAGCACAAGAUGAAAUGUUCAGUCUGUAAUAAGCUCUACACAAGAACAGUCCAUCUGAGGAAGCACUAUGCUGAAGAACACGAAGAGUUUGGUGUUACCAUCAGUGUCAUCUGCGAAUUGUGUGGGUACGGCACUUAUAGUUAUGGUGGAUUGUUGAAUCAUAAACGGAUAUAUCAUAAUCCGCAAAAGUUGUUUUUGUGUUCUGCUUGUCCUAAGCAAUUUCGGACCAAGAGUUUGUUGGACAACCAUAUGCCUGUUCAUACGGGGGAAACGCCUUUCCAGUGCAAUGUUUGUGGAAAGAAGUAUAAACAUAGGUCAGGUCUUUUUUAUCACGAAAAGAUGCACAAAGAACAGUUUCUAGAAUGCCCACAUUGUAAUAGACAAUUCGUUGCCAAACAUAAUAUGGAAAGUCAUAUGAGAGUAUGUGUUACUGACCAGUAUCUUGUAGAACAUAAUGAAGGAGGUACUUUAAAAUUCGUUAAAUAUUAGUGUUUUGUUGGUUUUCUUUUUAAUAAAUAUUAA